AGAGCCCAGCUCUCUCGCAGGCCGUAAAACCCGGACUGGAGCCCGCCUCACAGCUACGUCCCGUGUGUUUGGGGCGGUCUGCGCUAAAAAGCGGCCAGGAACAGGUCCUCAGUCCUUUGACUCACACCACUGGUGAGCAUCUUUAUGUGUCCAAUAUAUUCAAAAACAUUGGUGAUGUGGCACUAAACAACUCAAACCUCUGUCUGUGGAUUCAGAAACAUUUCUUAGCUAACGUGCUAGCUCUGCUAGCUGUGUAAUAAACUGAGUGCUGGUCUCUGUGACCCCAGAAGCAGACUCACCAACCAGCAGUAACAUGGCAGCCUUAUCAGGCGGGAAAAAGACGAGCCAAAAGGCAAAGGUAAGACACCCAGCCAGCCCCGGACGAACCUGCCUGCUGUUCCUGCUAAUCAGGAGAACAAAGACGGCAUCUUUAGCUUUGUCCUCGUCAGACCGGCUGGAGUCCAAAGACUGGGCCUCUCAGUGUUCGAUGAAUCUGUGAUAGUGGUUACUACAAGUACAGAGUUAAAACGCGUACCUGGCUAAUAAAAGUGGGACUUUUUCAAGCCAGCAGCUAAACCUUUAACCUUGUUAUAAUUCAAAUACAACUAUCUGAGUGACAGAGCCAUCUUUAGGCAGUGUGCUCAAACCCUGAGAUGACACUGUAGACUUACAUUACAUUAUAAAACUAAAAAUGUGGGCUGUGCAUAAUUUCAAUGAAGAAACUACAGGAAAUGUCUCUGUUCUGGAGACACUGUAAAGUCUGUCUGAACUUAAUUAAGUUAAACCAGUAACUCAGCAGAGACCUCUUAAAUGAUGGUGAUUAUUUAAAACUCAGAGAAUCAGUGCACUGAAGCUGAUAUUGCAGAACAUGGUCGGCCAACACAUACCUAAGACUUUCCUUCUGUGUUUUCUAUUCAUUUGUCCCCAUUGCUUAUUUCUAGGCCAUCCUACAGACAUGCUUCAUUGUGAUAGCAGUUUACACUGAGCCCUUAUCACACUCUGCCUGGUCUCAAGUGCAUAUUUAAUAGUUUCCUUGUCUGUCUAUGGAUUACUUAGAAUCUAAAAAAGCACAAUUAAAUGAGCGCAUCUGUGGCAAAGAAGGAUGCAGUCUUUUUCUAUCUUUUUUUCUUCCAGGGUGGCUUUAUCCGAGUGAGGAAGAGAGAUUUAGAGAAGUUGACCACAGAAGUCAUGCAGCUUAGAGAGUUCCUGCCCAGAGUUGUGAAUGGGGAUCUGAUGGAGAUGCUGCAUAAAGCCCGAGCAGCUCAGACAAUGAAGGAGCAGAUUGUGAAGGAGCAGAUGAGGCAGGAGUGUCUGCACCUGCAGUCUCGACUGGAUGCUGUGCAAACUGAGAGUCAAAAAGAGAAAGAGGAAAAGCUGCUGUUACGUGAGCAACUGUGGCAGAGCAGAGUGGAGCUGCAGCAGCAGGCAGACUUCUGCUCUGGUCUGGGAUCUGCUGCCUGCAGUCUGCUGUGGAGCUGCUCUGCCAAGGAGGACACCGUCUCACUUUGGCUGGCUGAUGGGAAGCUGCAGGCCUUCCUUGCUGUAGCUGCUCAGACUCUCGAGAGCUUUGUCACGUCUUUGGAUGAAGAGGAGAAAAGUCAAACUGAGGACUACAACUCCCACGAGCACCAGUUUGUGCUGGCAGUGGCUGGGACCAUUACUAAUGUAGCAGCAGUAACGCAGGGGCGGGACUUCCUGUCAAGCUCAGCGCAUGUCUUGCUGGACACUUUGAUGAAACUUCUCAAGUUGAUGAAGCCUGGUGUCUUCCCCAGACUGAAAGUGUUGAUGCUGAUGGCGCUCUAUAACGUGAGCAUCAGUCUCAAAGGACUGAAGUACCUGAGUGAGAACCAAGGAAUCCUCCCUCUCAUCUGGAGCCUGCUUGAUGACGGACACUGGGAGGUGUGUCUCCACUCCCUGCGUCUCCUGCAGUCCAUGUUGUUAGAGGACGAUGUGUUGCUCCUGUUGGGCUCCUCGCUCCUGGAUCCAGACCUGUGUGCUCGCGUCAGCAGGCUCGCUGCCAGCACGCAGCCAAGCCUGAGACUGACUGCUCUGCAGACCUUGGAGGACCUCCAGGCCUUCCAACAGGGCCGGGCCUGCAAACAGAGCCGUGUGUGACGAGGGAGGACUUGAAGUGAAAGAAGAGCCUUUCUCACUGCAUUGUUCACCGUUCAGCUUCUAUGUAUGUUCACACUGCUGUGCAUUGUUAGUGCUUAAAGUGCAUGUAGAUCUGCAUUGUUAAACCUGUCCUAGUAAAGAUGUUUGCAGUG